AAAAUAUAUUUUUUUAAUUUUAUUUUAAAUGGGGAAGAUAAAGUCUAAUUAGUUAUGACUAAAAAUAAAAGAUCUUUUGCUAAAAAAAAACGCACAUCUUUGAUCAGAGGAGAGUGGAGCGGCGAUUGUAGAAUUGGAGAUCGAUCUCGGAGUUUGCUAGAUCGCAGGGACGUUUACUUGAAAGUCAUGUCUUCGGAUCCUGAAAAGAUGAUGUCCAAAGCCGACAAGAUGACAAAACUCACGCUUACUAGAUGGAGUGCUGACUGGAGAGGUGCUACUGAGUUGUAUGAGCAAGCAGCAAAUGGCUUUAGAGCAUCAAACAAAUAUGAAAGAGCCAAAGUGGCUCUUGAGAAAGCUUCGCAAGGACAAGUGAUGCAAUCUUCUCCCUGGGAUGCUGCAAAGCAUAUGGAGUCUGCUGCUGCCCUAGCACAGAAGCUAAGUAUCUGGAACGAAGUUGCUGAUUUUUACAGAAAGGCGUCUGAGCUGUAUGUUGAGUGUGGAAGGGCACAACCCGCAUCAGAUGCUCUUGGAAAGGCUGCUCGUGCUUUGGAAGAGGUCAAACCUGAAGAUGCCAUCCAACUGUACACCGAUGCUUGUGAAAUUCUUGAAGAAGAUGGAAGGGACCAGAUGGCCUUUGAUCUGUACCGUGCUUGUGCUAGUGUUUACAUAAAGCUCGAGAAGUUCGCAGAUGCUGCAACCUUUUUCUUAAGAUUGGGUGUAGCAGCUGACAAGUGCGACGCCACAAAUAGUCAGUGUAAGGCAUAUCUUAGUGCAAUCAUUGUAUAUCUGUAUGGUCAUGACCUGAAGCAGGCAGAAAAAUGCUACAACGAUUGUUCUCAGAUUGAUGCUUUUCUGAAAAGUGAUCAGAACCGAACUGCUAGCAGACUGCUCACAGCCUAUAAUGAAGGUGACAUCGAAGAAAUCAAGAAAGUGGCGUGUUCAAGCACUGUCUCCAAUUUGGAUCAUGCGAUCAUCAAGUUGGCGAGAAAGCUACCCACCGGAGAUGUUACUGCAGUUCAGAUGAAUGCUGGUGAUGAUCUCGACGAGGAUGAUCUCACUUAAAGAUCCUUCCCUUUGUACAGAUUCAGAUUCCCUACACUUUGCUUAUGUUCAAGCCAAAGUACUUAAAGAAAGUUAUCACUUUAGUCCAAACCUUUUUGUGUGAAUGAUUGGCUUUAAAUGCUCUGAAUGCAGAUUUGUGCUUGUUUCUCCACUAUAAACCCACUUGGUCUUUUGUUAAAA